AUGGCCGGCAAAGGGAAGAAAAAGAAAUCGAAAAACGGCAGUAAAAACAGCGAUCCCAAGGACAAAAAGAAAAAGGCGGGAAAACCGAAGAAAAGCGGAGGUCGCAGAGGAAAAUCUAAGGGAGCCAGAUGCAACGUGGACAUUUUCACCGAGGCUGCAAUGGAAAACGCUUACACCACAUGCCACAAUAUCCAGGAUCUGCUGAAAUGGAGAGGGUUUCCGUGGCCUGAUGCCCAGAAGAAAAAGAAGGGGAAAAAGUAG